AUGACUAACCCUUACAAUCACAUUAUAGCUCUGAAGAGGUCUUUCGACAUUGACGAUGACGAGGACCUCCCCACCUCGCCCAUACCGCCCGCCUCCCCACGCUACUACCUCAGCCGUACCAAGCCCACGCUCCAUUCCCGGCCCUACCCGUCCCUCCCUCACCCCCCUCCUCAGGACCCCCGACAGGCUGGUGCAUUGGGCUCAAGCCUGUCCUUCAACAAGGCCACCCCCAACGGCAACGGCUCCUGCGUGACUCGAGCGGCAUCCUUCCAGAGCCGCUUCAGCCCAAACGGGUACUCCUCCAACGACAGCCUGCACAGCUCCACGUCCAGCCUGGAAUACUCAGGAGGCCUAACCAGGCUAUUGUCCUACCCUGGCCCCCAUAUGGCUGAAGAGUAUUCUCACAUCUCAAAUCAGCAGCAGUCGUUUGAUGCCAACUUCAACCACCGGAAGUUCUCUGCAGAGUCCAAUGCCUUUUUAGAACCACACAGUCCUUUCUUUGCAGAGUCCAAAGAUAUCAGAGACCUGCACAGUCCUUUCUCUGCAGAGUCCAAAGAUAUCAGAGACCUGCACAGUCCUUUCUCUGCAGAGUCCAAAGAUAUCAGAGACCUGCACAGUCCUUUCUCUGCAGAGUCCAAAGAUAUCAGAGACCUGCACAGUCCUUUCUCUUCAGGGUCCAAAGAUUUCGUACUGUCUCAAAGUCCUUUCUCUGUGGAGUCCAAAGCUUUUGUAAAAUCCCACAAUCCCUUCUCUACAGAAUCCAAAAUGUUCGCAGAAUCACAAAGUCCUUUCGCUGCAGAGUCCAAAGCGUUCAUAGAAUCCAGCAGUCCUUUCUCCAGUGUGUCCAAAUCGUUCGUAGAAUCGCAAAGUCCUGUCUCUGCUGAGUCCAAGGCCAUUGCAGACCAGAACAGUCCCAACGGAAGCUUCAGGACCACGAUGGGCAAGAAUGGAGGAUUCCAGUUCGCCAACGGCAACUGGAACAGUCGAUACAGAAACAACAACGGCUUUGGAGACGAUCACCGCACAUUCGACAAUCACAAUCAAAAGCCAGCGACCCCGGCCUGUCACAGGAAAACGCCACAGCUGAACAAGUUCCCUCUCGACCUGGACCGUAUCGUGACGCCCUCCCCCAGAGCCAGUGCUAGUUCCUCGGCCUCCCUGAGCAGCCUGGACAGUUCAGACACUCCAGUGACACCCCCGGGCCCAAUGCGAGUUCCCCGAGUCAGCCCCUGUCCCGUGCCUCUGUCUCCGGCUCAGACCCCAUGCUUGCAGCUUCUGUCGGGGCCGCAGGUGGGACUGCUGGACGGUGGAUCAGUCCCAGGCGGUCCAGCAAGCUCAGAGUCGGACGAGCUCAAGGACAGUGUGGGAUCCAUUCUCCAGAGGAUUGCCUCCUUCUCCCAGUCUCCGCCCGACUGUAGGAGCACCAAUGGGACUUUGUCUGGUCGUGUGGUCCUGCCAAAGGAAGAACCAGGCCGUCACGCAGAUGACGAUUACUCUGCCACAGUGCGUCUUUGA